AUGACUUAUACCUUAAUCGUACUGCUCCAGCGGAAAGAGGGUAUAUCCUCGUCCCAAUUCCGCAUGUAUUAUGACACUGUCCACGUCCCCCUCUUAAAAUCGCUCUUUGGAUCAACGAUGCCUUCAACCCAUACACGUUACUAUAUCUCUAGGGAUACAAAAUCCGAGCAUGGGCAUACUGAUUCAACAACCCCGCCCGAAAGAACAACCCCAAACGAAGAGUUGCUUCCCACUAUCAUGCACUCGGGGAAAUUAGCGGAUAUCCCGUUCGACUCGCUGACAGUAAUGACCUGGGAGAGCAAGGAAUCACGGGAUGCAUUUCUGAAAAUCUUUUACAGCAAAAGCGUGGCUGAAAAGUUAGGCGAGGACGAAGAAAAUUUUGCCGAUCGGGAAAAGAGAUUGAUAUUUUCAGUUGGAGAUUCUACUACUACGAUAUUUGGAUAA